GAGGCGGAGUCGCGGAGAUGAUACGCUACCAGGUGCGGAACGAGUACGGGCUGGCGGAUCCGGACCUGUACGCGCCGGAGGAGGAGGAUGACCCCGAGGCGCUGCUCGAGGGCGUCGCCAUGGCGGGACUCGUCGGCGUCCUACGACAGCUCGGGGAUCUCGCUGAGUUUGCCGCGGAAAUUUUUCACGACCUGCAUGAAGAUGUGAUGGCCGCUGCUUCUAGAGGGCAUGGUUUGAUGCUUAGGUUGCAGCAGCUGGAGGCAGAGUUUCCCGCAGUUGAGAAGGCAAUUAUAAUAUCCCAGACUGACCAUUUAAACUACCUACACGAUGACGGUAUUGAGUGGCAUGCGAAUCUUCAGCUUAAUCAGAAUUUGAUCACAAUAGGAGAUAUGCCUCGUUCCAUUUUGGACUCCUAUGAAGAAUGCCGUGGCCCACCACAUCUAUUCACGCUGGAUAAGUUCGAUGUUGCUGGUGCUGGGGCUUCAUUAAAACGAUAUUCAGACCCCUCUUUCUUUAAGAUGGGACAGACCUCUAGCAUGAUUGAAACAGAUUACUUCAGAGAAAAGAAUCCCCGUAAAGUAAAGAAAAAGGCUAUGCGCAGGAAAGGGGAAACAUUGGAAUCGUUGCUUGUUGCGAAUUCUGAGUCUCAAAUAACUUCCUCAAAAGAUAGAUCUUCUAGAAAAGUUCCACCAAGGACAACAAAGCUGAAACCCAGGCAUCCGCAAACUAUAAGCAGAAUCUGCAGGGAACAGUUGGAAGAAGUAAUUUUAUCACAACAAAAAAUCCUGUCAAACUACUCUGCAAGGUACUACCAUGCAAAUUUUAGGUCAACCGACUCAAGUGAAAUAAUAUCUUCAUGUGGAGAAUUAGACAACUUCAGUGCUGCUGCUCAGUCUUCUGCUAAACUUGAAAUGAAUAAGGUUGUCCCAAUAGACGAAUCUGACACCUUGGUGACUGCAUCUGCACCCAUUAAUGGGUCGGUUUCCCUGAAGGUAGAUUAUGGUCAAUUUCUGGCAACACAACAUGAACAUGCUGAAAGGGAACAGAUCUGUGAGGGAUUUCUCUUGUGGGUCCGCAUGGCAGUCAGAAGGGUCGACGGCUCGUGA